UCCUCUUUUCCCUUUCCCCUUUCAUAUGCAAUCCACUGAGAUCCUCGCUCCCAUUGUACAAUCCCCACAUUGGGCAGAAAUCCAUUCCGGUUUCGGCAUUUUGCUCAUUCUGUAGAUGCAAGCAUGUCUCCAGUGCAGAACUAAGGUCUCUCGCAACUCAGCCUCCUCUGUCCUGUCUUCACUUCCAUGAAAACACCAAGUCUACGCUGUAUAUCAUCAUGCCUUUUUCAAUCCUCCCCGCCUUAAUCCCAGACAUCCGCACCGUCUACGAUGUCUUCUUCUCCGCCUUCCAAGCAGACCCCAAGGACGCAUUGUUGCUCGAUAUCCUAUUCCCCGGUGGGAGAGUCAACACUCCAGAAUUCCGCGAGGGCCACCGCUCCGGUACUCUGAACUGGUGGCAUACAAGCACAGAUCAGUAUACAUUUAAAUGCAUCGAUACUGAUACAGGGGAGAUCGUGGGAAUGGCAUUGCUAGAUGUAUAUAUCCGUGAACGAAGCGAGGAGCAAAGGAAGAAUCCCGGAGUGCUCUGGCUGCAGGGCAAGGAAAGAGAGUUAGCAGAGAGGAUUGUGAAUCCAUUGGCAGAUAUGAGAGAAAAGCUCUGGGGAGGAAGACCAUAUAUUUAUUGCCAUGUUAUUGCCGUGAAACCAGAAUUUCAACGCCAAAAAGCGGGCACUGCCAUUGUGAGCUGGCAAAAAGAUCUCGUAGAUCAACUGGGGCUACCAAUGUAUUUGGAGUCAAACCCGUCAAUCAAGAACUUCUAUGAGAAAAUGGGAUUCGAGACCCUGCCAGAAACGAUAGUUCACAAGGCAGGAGACCUAGGAACGGACGAGGAUGUAGAAGUCCCUCUGAUGGUGAGGAUGCCAGCAUGUGCCAACGGGAUGAGUUUUCAGGAUUGGAGAGCACAGGGGUAUCCUUCUUGGAGAAUACAUGGCUAAUUCCGUAUACUAAUCCGGAUAAAAAAAAAUCUGUUGUGGCGAUCUACGGCUUCAAUUCUAAAAUUGUGUAAAAAUAAGAGCCAUGGCAUAUAUGAUCAUACCGCUACAGAGGAGAGAGGCAAGCAUGACA